AUGAGUGAGGAUACCAUUCAUCAUAUUACUACAUUAAAUACUAGUGAAAAUGAAUCUCAUAACAAUUUAUUUUCUUCUACUUUCGGUGUUUGUAGUAAUGGACCUGACGAUACAGUCAAUAGUUAUCAUAGAAAUAAUAAAAAUAAAAAAAAAUACCAAUUUAUAGAGAAAGAUUCAAUGAUUAAUGAAUUAGAUGAAAAAAUUCAAAAUUGUUGGAUAGAAAAAACAUUUAAAAUACGAGAAUGUAUUAAAUUUAUUCCAUCUUCUAAUGAAAAAGAUAAAUGUUGUUGUGGAAAUUAUAGUUCUUUUCAUUCACAUAAAGCUUUAUCAAGAUUUACAACAGCUGUUAUAAAUAAAAAAUAUCCUAAAUCAGUUAAUAAUAAAAAAUGGAAUAUUUUAGAACAUACAGAAUGUAAAAGUACUGAUUCAUAUGGUACAAUAGAAUUUCAAGGUGGAAAUCAUGCACAUAAAGCUUAUUAUUGUAGGGUUGGUUUUGAUUCUAAUCCAAAAGAUAUUCUUUAUUUGAUGGAAAAUAUAUGGAAGUUAGAGACACCUAAUUUAGUAAUAACUAUACAUGGUGGAAUGACAAAUUUUGAAGUUCAACAAAAAUUAGGAAAAGUUUUUAGGGAGGGACUUCUUAAGGCUGCACAAACAACAGGUGCAUGGAUUAUAACUUCUGGAAUUGAUUCAGGAGUAGUAAGACAUGUUGCAAGAGCUUUAGAUGAUGCUGGAAUUUCAGCAAGAAUGAGAAGUAAAAUAAUUUUAUUAGGUAUUGCACCAUAUGGUUUAUUAUCAAAUAGAGAAAAAUUUAUUGGAAAAAAUAUUGUUAUACCAUUAGAUCAUCAACCAUAUAGUGUAAGAAAUAAUUAUACAAUGUUAAAUGAUAGACAUUCAUACUUUUUACUUGUUGAUAAUGGUACUGUUGGAAGGUAUGGAGCAGAUAUGGUUUUAAGAAAACGUUUUGAAAAUUAUCUUUCAUUACCAAAUAAUCUUUUUUAUCCAGCAAAAAGGAUACCUAUUAUAUGUGUAAUACUAGAAGGUGGUAUUUGUACUCUUGAAUCAGCUCUUCAAUAUGUUACAAGUAAACCACCAUGUCCUGUUAUUGUUUGUGAUGGAAGUGGACGAAUUUCAGAUUUAUUAUCUUUUGCACAAAAAAAUCUUUUACAAAAUGGAUUACUUUCACCACCAGUAAGAAAUGAUUUAGAAAUUUUGAUAAAAAAAAUUUUUAAUGCAGAUUCAAAUACAGCUCAUCAAAUUCUUAAUACUAUUAUGAAAUGUGUUAAUCAAAAGGAUUUGGGAGUAAAAGAUGUCGAUUAUACUAUAUUAACAGCAAUUUUACGUGGUCAAAAUUUAUCUCCAAUAGAUCAAUUAUAUUUAACAUUAUCAUGGAAUCGUGUAGAUAUAGCAAGAAGUCAUAUUUUUGCUAAAAAUAAAGAAUUUAAUUCUAAUGUUUUAUAUUCAACAUUAAUGGAUGCUCUUCUCCUUGAAAGAGUAGAUUUUGUUAAACUUCUUUUUGAAAAUGGAGUUAAUUUAAGUAAAUUUUUAACAGUUUCAAGAUUAGAAACAUUAUAUAAUUUUGAUAAACAAGAAAUACUUUCAUUGUUACAAUUUUUAAUAGGAACUCAAGCAGAAUCAAAAAGAUAUAAAAAUUUAACACUUUUUGAUAUAGGUAUAAUAAUUGAAAAAUUAAUGGGAAAUGCUUAUAGAAGUAAUUAUACAACAAGACGUUAUAAAUCAAAAAAUGGUAUUUCAAAUAAAAAUAAAAAUAAUUUAUUUUCAUCAAGUAAUAGUAAAGUGGGAUCAUUAAUAUUAAGUAGUGGUAAUUGUUCCACAAAUUCAAUUUAUUUUAAUGGAAAAAAUGAAACAUUAAAAGAAACAGAUUUUGGUGGUAGAAAUAAUUAUAUACAACAUGAAUCUACUGAAUCAAAAGAAGAAGUAGAUUUUUCAUUUCCUUUAAAUGAAUUAAUGAUAUGGGUUAUUUUGACAAAACGUCAUGAAUUAGCUAAAUUUUUAUGGCAAUAUGGUGAAGAAGCAAUGGCUAGAAGUUUAAUAGCUAUAAGAUUAUAUAAAGGUAUGGCUAAAGUUGCUUCUGAUGAUUAUACAGCACUUGAAGUUAGUACAAUAUUACGUGAACAUGCUAAUGAUUUUAAAAAAUUGUCAUUAGAAUUAUUAGAACAUUGUUAUCAACAAGAUGAUAGACAAACUAAAAAAAUGUUAACAACCCAAUUACCUAAUUGGGGUCAUCAUACAUGUUUAUCAUUAGCAUUUUUAGCAAAUAAUAAAGAGUUUUUAGCUCAUCCAUGUUGUCAAAUUCUUUUAGCUGAAUUAUGGUAUGGUGGACUUCGUUUUCGUAGUCAAUCAAAUAUAAAAGUUAUUGCAGCAGUUUUAUUUCCACCAACUAUUUUAUUACUUGAUUUUAAAAGUUCUGCAUACAAUUUACCUAAUAAUAUAUCAAUAAAAAAAAAAGAUUCACAAAUAAAUGAAAAUAAUCAUAUAAUAAAUAAUUAUAAGAAUAUUGAUAAAAAUAUAAGAACAACAUUUUCUGAAGAUAAUGAAAUAGAAGAUGAAAAUUAUUUUAGUUUUCCUAGUAGAGAACAUUUAAAUCAAAAAAGAAGAAGUGUUGUUUCAUUAACAUAUAAUUCUCUUUUUCCAGAAGGACAAUGUGGAUGGAGAAGACUUUUGGGAAAAAAAGAAGAUUCUAAUGAAAAAGAUAACAAAGAAAUUGAUCAAAUAAAUUCUUCAAAUAUUAAUCAACAAACAGAUUAUAUUUAUGUUGAUUCUUCAAAUUUAGAAAAAAAAAUAGAUGACAAUCAAAAAUUAUCACUUGGAGAUAAAUUUCAACAUUGGAUUAUAUUAUUAUUUUAUAAAUUUCUUUUAUUUUAUAGAGCACCUAUAACAUCUUUUUGGAUAUGGGCAAUAUCAUUUGGUGUUUUUUUAACAACAUUUACAUUUGUUUUAUUAAUUGAAUUUCCAAUAGAACCAACUAUAUAUGAAUGGUAUAUAUUUGUAUAUGUUAUUUCAAUAACACUAGAACAUAUAAGAAAAUUAUUAACAUUAGAAGGUUCAUCUAUUAUUGAAAAAAUACGAGUUUUUUAUAAUACAACAUAUUGGCAUAUUUUAACAUCAACUGCUAUUAUGACAUAUUUUAUAGGUUUUUCAUUUAGAUUAAAUAAAGAAACAAUACAUACUCAUGGAAGAAUUAUACUAUCUGUUAAUUCUGUUUUUUGGCAUAUGAAAUUAUUUGAUUUUCUUUCAGUACACCCUAAAAUAGGUCCAUAUAUUACAAUGGCAGGUAAAAUGGUACUUAAUAUGAGUUAUAUAAUUGUAAUGCUUCUUGUAACAUUAAUGGCAUUUGGUUUAUCAAGACAAGCUAUUACAUAUCCACAUGAAAAAUUUAAUUGGUUACUUGUUAGAAAUAUUUUUUAUAAACCAUAUUUUAUGUUAUAUGGUGAAGUUUAUGCAGGUGAAAUAGAUACAUGUGGUGAUGAGGGAACAAAUUGUGUACCAGGAGGUUGGAUACCACCAAUAAUUAUGACAAUAUUUUUAUUAGUAGCAAAUAUUCUUCUUAUAAAUAUGUUAAUAGCAAUAUUUAAUAAUAUUUUUACAAUAACAAAUGCUAUGUCUCAACAAGUAUGGAUGUUUCAAAGAUAUUCUCAAGUUUUAGAAUAUCAAGAUACACCAAUAAUCCCGCCACCUUUUACUCCAUUAAUACAUUUAUAUCUUAUUAUAAAUACACUAAUAAAAUGGUCGGUUAGAAAAAAGAAAAAUAUAACAACAUCAACAGAUUAUAAAAAAGUUAAGAAUAUGAUGCCUUUUGCAAUAAAAAUACAUAUGACUAAAGAUGAAUUAAGAAGAAUACAUGAUUUUGAAGAAGAUUGUAUGGAUGAUUUAUGUAGAAAAAAAAAUAGUUUAGUUAAAAAAAAUUGUGAAACUGAUAAUGAUACAUAUAAUGAAAAUAUUGAAAUUAUGACAGGAAAAAUUGUUGAAUUAAUAAAUGAUAAUCAAAAUUUAAAAAAUAAUUUAAAUAAAAUUCAAGAAGAUUUAAAAAAUAUUGAAGAAAAUCAACAAUUUAUAAUUCAAAUGGUUAUACAAAAUCGUGAAAAAAGAAAAAAUAGUGAAAUACAAAAUGAUAAAGAAAUAGAUUGUAAAUCAACAUUAGAUGAUAUAGAAGAUCCCGAUUCAGAAAAUGAUGAACCAUUUAUGAGAAGUCGAUUACCUACAUAUGUUGGUGAUAAAAUACCCUUAAAACAUUAUGUACUUCCUCAAUAUACUUCUAUAACCGAUGGAUUAAGUAAUAAAUUGCGCCUUCGGGAAUGGCAUAAACUGUCACUAAGUCGCUAUAGUCAAAUUGAUGAUCAAUUAGGAAAUGAAGCUAAUUUUGAUAUAAAUGUGAAUGAGAUAAAAUCAUCAAAUUUUUUAAGCGAUAUGCAAGAUAUGAUGAAGAUUAACAAUGAUGAAGAUAACCUAUAUUUCAAUCCUCUUUGCCCUAAGGUAUCUUGUCAUCAUUCAAAUCCUAAAAAUGAUAACAUUUUGACUACUGUACCUUUGCAAUCAUCAACAAAAAAACAAUUUGAUUAA